AAACAGUGUGUUGAAGCAAAGAGAAAACAACAGGUUGAACGGUCAUCCGAUCAGGACCAAUGGACACACUGUUGCGGUCACCUAAUACAAAUAAAAUGGCUUGAUAACACUUGUUUCAUUCAACUUCUCUUGCCCAGAGUCAAAAGAUGCAUACAAAAGUGUUUGUUUUUGGUCUCAUCUUACUAAUACAAGCAUGUGGGCCACUUUUGGCUGAGACACCAACCCUGGGACAAACUGACUCUCCAGGCAUGAUGCAGAGGCUGCUGGACAGGGCCAGGAACGUAAAAGCAAAAGCCCAAGAUAUUGGGGGAAUAGCACUGGGCUUUGUUGGUGCUUACUACGAAGACCACAUCCAACCAGUGACUGACAGCUAUGCUGAAUGGGCCUCUAAUGUCAAAAGUUCCAUGUGGAAUAAGAUCCAGACGACCAUUGAUAACUACAUGCCUUUUAACUGAUCAACCCCUGUCAAAACCAAACAAAAGCUGACAAUAAAUGAAUAUUCU